AUGACAUCUAUAAAAGCAGUCCUGAUUAUUAGAGUAAAUGACCAUCAAUUGCUCUUCUCCAAGUCAUAUAAUAAAAAGAACAUUGAUUAAGAUUAUCAAAUAAUUUUAGAACAUAUGUCAUAAAUAAAUCCAAGAGCAGAGGAAAGAGUUACUCUAAAAACUGCUAAUGGUGUCUGGCGUUACAAACUUGAUGAGAACAAAAUUGCUUAUGCGUUACUUGCUACAGAGAGUUAUCCUGAUAGAUAAAUAAAUGCUAUGAUAAGAGUAAGAUAUUCUAAUCAAUUUAAGGAAAUAGAAAAAGAAUUAAAAAAAAUGCCUGACUAUGUAGAUGCCUUACCUAAUGAUGUUGAAAAAUAUGCUAAAAUAUGGAUGAAAUAAUUACAUGAAAAAUAUGAUAAUUUGGCAGGAGUCGAUAAAGUUUAUGCUGCAUAAUAAAAAGUUGAGGAGGUUUAAAUUGUUAUGGAGGAUAACAUUCACAAAAUGAUAGAUCAUGGUUAAUAACUGGAGAAUUUAGAUGAAAAAGCAGAAAAUCUCAAAAAUUAAUCGAAACAGUUCCAACAAUAAUCUCAUGAACUUGCUAAAAUCAUGUAUUGGAGGAACAUGAAACUAAAGAUUCUUAUAGGCCUUAUUGUGUUAGCCGUACUGCUUUAUAUUAUUGUCCCAUUAGCUAUAAAUGCUUCAAAUUGA